ACCAACGUUCACAACAUGAGGAGCUUUAAAAAGGGGAAAUGUUGUUCUAAUCAGACUGUAACAUCAGUCAGUGGAUCCUCCUGCAGACUCAACACAACAACGUCUGCAGCUCAGAGGCUGCUGAUCAGCACAGACGAGAUGAAGGUUCUUCUGGUCGUCUCCGUCAUGUUCGCUCUCCUCCAUCUGGGGCAACAUGAACCUUGUAACUCUCCAGGUAAAAAGGGUGCGGACCAAAAGUUUGUGAAGAAACACAUCCUUCAAACUGAGGGAAUACCUGGACUUGAGGACUUCGACCCCAAAAAAAAGGCUUCAUGGCAGAAGUACAUAAAGAAGAAAAAGCUCUGCAACAAGAAAAUCACAAGUAUGAGAAGGACGCAGACCUUCUUCAAUCUGACGGAUCAGGAGAAAGUGGAGGCGAUCUGUCGUGAUGGGGGCUUCCGGGUAAAGCCGAUCGACAAGCCACCAAAAGAUGACAGUAAUAACUAUUGCAUCAGUGAUAAAGCGAUAGGAAUGUAUGUGUUGUCAAUCAACAAAAAAUGCAAGGUUACAUCGGCUGACGUACAGAAGAAAUUAGUGAUCGUGUCUUGUGAUUUAUUUCGCACCGAGUGCCUCCCUGUACACUUUGAGGCGUACAACAAACAAAAAGCAAGUAACAUCUCCUGCAGUGGAGGCCGAGUUUCUGGACUUGUUUAACGUUGGAUCCCAGUCGUCGGCCCGUUGUUGAGCUGACAGCUAAAACCUCUUUCAGGCUCAUAGUUGAAGCCUUCAUGCUUUUAUACUCUGUGUGAAAUGUCUGAUUGUGACACUUGCUGAUAAUGAUCCACAUCAACAGGCUGCAUGUCUACAUGACUCACUUUUCCACCAUGAGUUGACUUUGUAUUUGUCUCCCUUCAGCUUCGCAAGCUUUCUUCCUGCAUUAAACAUGUGAACUUGCAGCAUCAUCAUUGCUGCUCCAAACUGUCUGUAGCAGCUCAGAAAUAAAAGCAUUCAGUAAAAACGUC